CAAAAGAAAACGUCGCGAGGAAACGUUUUCUACCUGAAUCAUUUUGUCCUGAAUGAAAGAUUUCGCCGGAACACUGCAGUGAAACGCAAGUUAUUUUAUUACACAUAGGCUCCUAUCGAAGUGCUGAAAUAUUCAAACGAACAGGUGGCAGAGCGACAACGAAACGGAGCUUUAAUUGCAUAUUUUUGCUCGGAGAAGUAAAGAAAAACAUUUCUAAAGAAAAGGCUCGAAGCAAUGUUGACAAUUCGCUGGAUUUCUGCAUCGGUUUUUUUCCUAGUCUUACUUUCGUCACGUUUCGAGGCUAGCAGCUCCGCCAAUAAUAUAACUCUGGGGAUUUUGCUACCUUUCAAAACACACGGUGUGUUUACCAAAGAUAAUCUUCCACAGGCGAAGUAUUACGCCGGAAUUAUACCGUAUGCAAUUGACAUUAUAAAUAAAGACCCACAUUUGCUGCCAAAUUACACUCUUCGCUAUAUCUGGAAUGAAACGGAGUGUGAUACCGAAAAAGCUUUGAAAGGCAUGGUUCAGCAAUGGACGAGAAAAGUUGAUGCAUUUAUAGGCCUUGGAUGUUUUUGCGAAGUUCCAGCAAGGGUCGCAAGUGCGCUGGAAUUACCUGUAAUUUCCCAUCUUUGCAAGUCGGUUGAAGUCUCUAACAAAACCGUCUACAAGACGUUUGCUCGAACGAUCCUCGACCCAGGCCAGAUAGUGUUCGAAGUCGUGAAAAUUUGUAAAAGAUACAAUUGGAAGAUUGUUGGUAUAAUUUGGGAAGAUAUUCCUCUUUGGAAGGAACGCAAAGAUAAGCUCGUGAAAACGCUGGAGAAGAGUUCGAUUAACAUUUCCAUCGCGUCUUCGUUCAUGAGCAUUAACAAAUACAUACGGAGAAAGAAUAAGGAUAAUUUCACGAGCCUUUUGAGAAAUCUGAAAAGAAAGGCGAGAAUUAUACUUCUAAUGAUGGAUCACGCGCUUGCAGUGGAAGCACUGACUCUUGCUGCCGCCGUAGGAAUGAAUCAAGGAGAUUUCGCUUUCAUUCUCUUUCGAAUUGAUUUAGAAAACUUAAGGCGAGCAGCACGAUUUCCAAAAAGUCUGCAUGCAUUCAAGACCCGCUUUAACUACGGAAAAGACCUCACUGAGGGAGCAGUUAAAUCGUUUCAUAAUGCUUUGACCAUAUCGCUCAUUGUUGAAGAUGAUGGUUUGAUAUCAAAUGGUUCGGUGUUGAAGACCAUUGCCAACCUGACACAAUUACCUCCGUUUAAUAGCGACAAAGAGCAUGCCAACAGUUUUAAAAAAUAUCUCCCGGAGUACGCUGGGUAUCUUUAUGACGCAAUUUAUCAAUACGCUAUCGCCGUCAAUAAAACGUUGUCGGAUAAUAGAGAUAUAAGAAAUGGCACGAUGAUCGUACAGCAUUUGAUUGGAACAGAAUACCGAAGUGCAUUGGGCUGUAAAGCAUUCUUUGAUGAAAAUGCAGAUGCUCUCUUUUGGGAGUACAUAUUGUAUGAUUUUAGAGGAAAUAGAACAGCUCCUCGCUACCAUAAAGUGGGGACGUUCGACAUCAAGAGAAAUUUAAGCGUUACAGACGAUAUUUUAUGGUUAAAAGGAAUUCCUAGGGAUUCACCAAAAUGCGGAUUUAAUGACGAACUUUGUGGAAGCGACUCAAAGGACUACACGUUCCUUAUUUUGGGUGUUUUUAUGGGUUUUUUGGUAAUAGCCGUUAUAGCUCUUGUCAUGUCAUUGUACAGGAAAUAUAAACUAGAGGCAGAGCUAGCUGAUGACUUGUGGAAAAUUGAUUCGAAAGAGAUAGUUUUAUCAAAUCGAGCUAGGUCGUCAUUCCGCAGUUUGGCUUGCGAUAAGAAAAGUGUCUUCUCCACUGAUAGUAAAGAUGGUGCAAUAUCUUCCUCUCAAGUUGCGGUUUACAAGAGCACCACUGUUGCAGUGCAGAAACUGCAACGGAAGUCAUUGGAAAUAACAAGAGAACUUCGGUUAGAUAUGAAGCAGUUACGAGAUACUCGUCAUGAGAAUUUGGUAAACUUUAUCGGAGCCUGCGUCGCAGUUGACAAAUUGCUGGUUUUGACAUCGUAUUGCUCCAAGGGAAGUCUCCAGGAUAUCUUUGAUAACGAAGACAUAAAAUUGGACAGUAUGUUUAUCCUGUCGCUUGUAAAAGACUUGGUCAGGGGCAUGACGUUUCUCCACGCAAGCGAUAUAAAAGUUCAUGGAAAUCUAAAGUCAUCCAACUGUGUCAUCGACAAUCGCUGGGUCUUAAAAAUCGCGAAUUUUGGACUCAAGAAGCUCAGAGGACAGAAAACAAAAGAGAUGAAGGGCGAUUACAAGUAUUCACUCGAUUUACUAUGGAAAGCUCCAGAAAUAUUGCGAAAUCAGAAGCUGGCUGCUCAUGGGACUCAGAAAGGCGAUGUCUAUAGUUUUGCAAUAAUUUUGCAAGAAAUGCACACAAGGAAUGGGCCUUAUAAUGUAUUUAACUCGUUGGAAGAACCAGAUGAUCUUGUCAAGAAGAUAGAGCGCUUCAGUUCUUAUCCGUUCAGACCCGUUGUUUCCAAGGUGCUCGACAAACUGGAAGUUUUAAAAGAGUUGAUGGUGAACUGUUGGCAGGAAGAUGCUGAACGAAGACCGCCAUUUUAUGAAAUAUACAACAUCGUUCGUCGUUUGAAGUUUGGAAAAACGACAAAUAUUAUCGACAACAUGGUGAACAUGCUCGAGAAAUACGCUAACAAUUUAGAAAGCCUGGUUGAGGAAAGAACGACUCUUCUCGUUGAAGAAAAGAAGAAAACAGACAGACUGUUACACCAAAUGUUGCCACCAUCAGUUGCAAGCGAUCUCAAACAGGGGAAGCCAGUUCCUGCUGAGUCAUUUGAAGAAGUCUCCAUCUUCUUCAGCGACAUUGUUGGUUUCACAAAGUUCUCUGCACAAAUUACCCCAUUACAGGUUGUAAAGUUUUUGAACACACUGUAUACAUUAUUUGAUGAGAUUAUUUGCGCUUAUGACGUCUAUAAGGUGGAAACCAUAGGUGAUGCAUAUAUGGUAGUCUCAGGCCUCCCGAUUCGCAAUGGUCAGCGCCAUGCUGGCGAAAUUGCAGACUUUGCUUUGCACUUGCUAGCGUCGUUGAACGCUUAUCAAGUGCCAGAUUUUCCGGACUAUAAAGUUCAACUACGGAUUGGCCUACACAGCGGUCCUGUGUGCGCAGGCGUAGUAGGCAACAAGAUGCCAAGAUACUGUCUGUUUGGCGACACCGUCAACACUGCCUCGCGAAUGGAAUCGAACGGAGAAGCUCUGAAAGUCCACAUUAGUGACGAUUUUAAAGCCAUCCUAUCGAUUCUCGGCGGUUACAAUAUCGUGGAACGAGGAGAGACCUUAUUGAAGGGAAAGGGACUGGUAACUACGCACUGGCUACUCAGCUCGACACAUCCUCUGCGCUCAGUCCCGGUCGUAAACACCGCUGACCAGAGCUCGCCGUCCACGAAACGACGUACGUAUAAGCAUAAUAAUUGGCGUCGCACAGGCGACUAUGGUAAUCCAGCUGCCGAUGACUUCUUAGCUUCGCCAGAGACAAAACUAAGACGAAAUAACAAAAACUGCUUUGAUGGGACGCUUUAUGAGAAGAGAGUAAUGACCAAGGUUACAAUAUAAAUCAUAGUAUUGCUAUAGAUAUGAAAUAUCUUUUUUUAUCAUAAUCAUGUGAUAUUCAGAGCCCGUUUCUGGACGAAUUUGGAGCCAGUGACACAGUAAACUCCCCCCCCGGG